AUGCCCUCCGGGCUCGUGAUGGCUGCAGAAGGCCAAGGCGGAGCAGCCGGCACCUUGACGCCUGAGUAUCUGGCGGAGGAUUCUGGCAACGAACUCAUCUCGAUAUCCAUCGCCUUCGCCUGCCUCACGACUGUGUUCCUCGCCCUGCGACUAUUUGCGAAACGGUUCACCGCGGGCGGCUAUGGAAUCGACGAUUACUUCUUGGCGGCGGCAUACGUCGUCAACCUCGGCAUGUGCGCCGUAGGCAUAGUCAUGGUAAAGGUUGGUGGUGUCGGACGACACGUCGAGUACCUCGAGGAAUUUCACCCCGAACUGCUGGCAGGGUGGGCAAAGUCCCUGCUUGCCUUCGAGCUCAUCUACUUUACGUCCGUGGCGCUGCCAAAGAUGAGCAUCGUGUGCCUGUUCCUACGUGUCUUCAACUGGAAGGGCGCCAUGCGCACCGCCGCCUACGUUAUCCUCGCGGCCCUCGCCGCCACCAGCGUGUCCUUCGUCGUCACGGCGUGCUUUCAAUGCCAGCCCAUCGCUUACUGGUGGGACCGGACGAUCCCCGGUGGCAAGUGUAUCGACGUGCAGGCCUUCUUCCACGGGCAGGCCAUCCCUGGCUUCUUGUUGGACUUCAUCAUCAUGGCGCUGCCGCUUCAAACCAUCUGGGCCCUGAAGCUGCCGUUGCACAAGAGACUCGCACUGGUCGGCAUCUUCAUGGUUGGCAGUUUCGGUGUCGUCGCAUCCAUGAUCCGCGCCUACAUCUUCUUCCAGACGUCGGCGUUUGCUGAUCGCACUUGGGCAUCCGUCGGCCUCGUCGGCUGGAGCAUCAUCGAGACGGGAACCUACAUCAUCGCGGCCUGCCUCCCCCACUUCCGCCCCAUGAUCUCCUACUACACGCCACCAUGGCUCAAGAGCUUCGUGCGAAAGACGGUAUCGCAAGCCACCAACACCGCGUCCAAGGUGACCGGCUCCAAAAAUACUCAGAGACGCCGCGGCGAUGAUGAGGUGGAGCUCACCGAGCACUCGAAGAAGCAGGCUUUCGAGACGCAAAGCGACAUGACGGGCGACGAGGAGCGCGGAUACGCGGGGCAUGCUCGAUCGCCGGUAUCAGUGAGGACUGUUGAGGUGCGCAAGUCGGACGACAUGGUGAAGGGAGACUGGGCUCAUGAUGGGCAGAUCCGGGUCACGACCGAAGUCAAGCUGGAAAGGGAGAGGACGUCGACCGUCCUCGGUCAUUCAGAGUCAUGA